UAUGGUUCUUAUUCUUAGAUAGUUUGUCGAUGAGACUAGUUUAUUUUGUUUUCCGUUAUUUACUUGGUGAUUUACUCUUAUUUAUAUGAAAUAAUAAAUAUAAAAAUUGUAAUGAAUCCCGAGGAAGAAGUUUCAUUGAAUGUCUUAAGUGAACCUCUAUCAAUAAGUGAUCUUAUUGUUAAUGGUUCUAAAUUUGAAAUAAACGCCAAUUUUGAUGAUGAAGAGUUUAUUUCGGACAUUUUUGAUGAAAUUAAUCCCGGGUCAGAUAGUGAAGAUGAUACUCGCGUUGAUAAUGCUAAGCUUGUCUCGCCUUGGCAACAUUCCUUUGAAGAACUUCGUUUACAAAUGACGAAAUUAAAUGAUUUCAUGCACAAAAAGAUAACAAAGGUGGGCAACAACGAAAAAGGAACGGUUCCCGAUAUAGCACGCGUAUGUAUACGCUACAAUGCAUAUUGGGAGGGUGAGGGUGCACCUUUUGACUCGUCAUUUCUUCGUGGCUCUUCGCACUCAUUUUAUACCGGGCGAGGGGAUGUGUUAGAGGGACUAGAAGAAGCUGUCAAAUCAAUGCACAAAGGCGAAGAGGCUCAAUUUUUAAUAUCUUACCAAUUGCUUUUUCGUGAAAUGGGAUGUCCGCCAAGAGUUAAACCAAAGGCCGACGGAUUGUUUAUAAUUGAAUGUGUCGAUUUCAAUGCUGUAGGCGAUAUGAAUGCAACAGAUGAACUUAGUGAUGAAAAUCGCAACAAGUUUCCAGCUGUUGUUAUUAAAGCCAAAGAAGUUCAUCUUAAAGGAAUUGAUUUUUUUGGUCAAUCAAUGUAUAAGAACGCCUGUAAGGCUUUUAUGAAAGCAGUUAAUGCAUUAAAUUUUUGCCAGCUUAAAAAUGAAGAAGAGCAGGAGCAACAAACUGCUUUUUUGAUAAAGCUUCACACGAAUUUAGCCGUUUGUUAUAACAAAUUAAACCAGUUCAACAAGGCUAUUCUUAUGUGCCGAGAGAUAAGACGCUUAGCAAACGACAAAAUGAGUUGCAAAGCUCUUUUUCAGGAAGGCAGGGCUCUGCUAAUGUUAGGUGAAUUCACGAGAGCACGUACGUUGCUGAUUAGAGCACAAAACAUCGAACCUAACAAUGUGGAUGUAAAUAAGGAACUGAAAACAUUGGAAAUGCGUUAUAGUAAUUACAAAAACAACGAAAGAGAGCUUUGGACUAGAGCUAUUUCGGUUAUAAAACGUGAUGAGAAUAAGAUGAAUAGGACUGCUGAAAAUGAUACAGAUUCAUCAUUCCGAGAGGGUAUGUCUAAUGUCAUACAAUCAUUAAACAAAACUGAGAAUUUCAAAUCGUUCGAAUUACCCACGGGUUUGACUUCAAAAGAAAUCAAUGUUGUGGAUGAAUUGGCUAAAGAAAUGAAUAUGAAGUUACAACUUUCUCCUCUGGAUAAUACCACAUAUACACUGGUCAAAAAAUAAAUUUUUUUCUGUUUUGAA